AUGUCACCAACUGUACGGCGCCUCUCUUUUCUCGUCCUGUCUACCUUUCUGUCGAUUGUUGGUACCUACGCCAGCUGCAGUCCAUGCCCGUUCCAGUGGAUGUCAUUUGGGGACCACUGCUACCGGUUGGUUCUUGAAAAACUUCCUUGGGCGGAUGCUGAGAACUACUGUCAGCAGUUGCCACCCCGUCGAUUCGGGCAUGCGCACCUUGUCACGAUCAACAGUGAAGCGGAGCAGCAGUUCUUGGCCAACGGCCGGGCAGAACAUUGCAUGCCUUGCCCUAAGCGCUGGGUAGCAUUCGACGGAGAUUGCUACCGACUGGUCACUGAAAAGUUGCCCUGGGUUGAAGCUGAAAAGUACUGUCGGGAAUUGUCCAACUCUGAUUGGUUUCCAGCGCACCUUGUGUCCAUCAACAGCUUAGAAGAACAGCAGUUUAUAGUGGAGCUUUUGAAAGCUUCUUAUCCAUUGGAAGAAUUGCCCUCUGUCAAGGCCUGGCUCGGAUACAACGAUAUGGAGAGGGAGACGCGCUUCGUGUGGAGUGCCGGCUCUGGUGCCAACUUCACGCGAUGGGCAAGCGAUCAGCCUGACAACGGAAGAGGGAAAGGCCAAGACUGUGUUGCUAUAAGACAAGAAUACAAUUGGAAAUGGGAUGAUAUGACCUGCAGGUUCGGUCGUCAUUUCAUUUGUGAACUAAAAAUGCUGAAUGGUCGUAAGUAG